AUGCAUAGUAGAUUGUACUUCUUUAUUAUACUCAUACUGCUUGAGUUUGUAUUUGUAACGGGAGCACCUUCACUUCUCGCUAAGGUCAUUGCCAACAAGGUCAGUAAUGAAGGCUCAAGCAAUAAAGUGAAAAGUGAUGUUUCAUCCAAAUCAUCGUCAUCAUCAUCGGCCUCAUCAUCAGCAUCAGGUUGUUUUGCUAGCGAUACAUUAAUCACUUUAUCUAAUAAAAAACAAAUUCCAAUUGAACAACUUCAAUCCAAUGAUAAAUUAUUAACAACUGAUGGAUCUAUCAUUUUCAGUACACAAUUUAUGUUGAUGCUUGAUGAAAAUAGAUUCUCGCAAGCUAUGUUUCAUACUAUUACAACUGCAUCUGGACAUAAUGUUAGUCUUACUGGACUACAUUUAAUUCCAAUAAUUGAAAAUAAUAAUACAAUAAAUUAUAUUCCUGCUAAACAGAUUAAAAUUAAUGAUAAUGUUUAUGUUAUGUCUAAUGAUCAACUUAUUUCAUCAGCAGUUACAAGUGUAACCAUCGAAACGAAAACUGGUUAUUAUGCACCAAUGACCACAAGUGGUACAUUGUUUGCGGGUGGUAUUAUGACUAGUUCUUAUGCCAAUGUUCAGAAUCAUGAAGCAGCACAUUUUUCUAUGGGUUUAUUACGUUUUUAUUAUUGGUUAGCUCAAUUAUUAUUUAUUAAUGAACCUUUUGGCCAUCAAAACAUCGAAGGUAUACAUAUCGUACCAAAAGCUAUGUACGAACUUGUUCAAUUCUUAUAUCCAUCGGCACUUCGUUUUUCAUAA